AUGUCUUCCUCUUCCUCUUCCUCUUCCUCUAGACUUGGAUGGCCUUAUGAUGUGUUUCUAAGUUUUAGAGGUGAAGAUACUCGCAAGAAUUUUACGGAUCAUCUUUACACUGCUUUACUCCAAGCAGGAAUCCAUACAUUUCGAGAUGAUAACGAACUUCGUAAAGGAGAAGAAAUCUCCUCACACCUCCUCAAAGCAAUUCAAGAAUCCAAGAUUUCGAUAGUGGUUUUCUCUAAGGGCUAUGCUUCCUCCACUUGGUGUCUUGAUGAACUUUCAGAGAUUCUUGAUUGCAGACAAACAGCUGGUCAGAUUGUUCUACCAGUUUUCUAUGAUAUUGAUCCUUCUGAUAUUAGAAAACAGAAAAGGAGUUUUGCUGAAGCCUUUGAUAGACAUGAAGAACUUUUUAAGGAAGAAAUGGAGAAGGUCCAAAAGUGGAGAACAGCUCUUCUGGAGGCUGGAAUAUUAUGUGGGUUUGAUCUUCACAGUAUCGCAAAUGGGCAUGAAUCAAAAUUAAUUCAAAUGAUUGUCGAAGAAGUUUUAAGUAAAUUGAAUCCCAGAUACAUGAAAGUUGCCACAUAUCCAGUAGGUAUUGAUUCUCAGGUCAAAGAUAUCAUUUCCAUGUUAUGUGUUGGUACAAAUGAAGUUCGAAUUGUGGGAAUCUAUGGGAUGCCAGGAAUAGGCAAGACAACCAUAGCAAAAGCUGUUUUUAACCAAAUUUGUCAUAAAUUUGAAGGAAGUAGUUGCCUUUUGAAUAUCAGUGAGAGGUUAGAUCAACACACAGGUCUACUUAAAUUAAAAAAACAGCUUCUUCGUGAUAUUUUGAAGGGAUAUAUUUGGCAUUGCAAUGAUGAUGAUGAAGGCAUCAAUCUCAUCAAAAGCCGAUUUUGUCGUAAAAGGGUACUUGUUAUUCUCGACGAUGUUGAUCAAUUGAAACAUUUACGUGCAUUGGCAGGAGAGCGAGACUGGUUUGGUCCUGGAAGUAGAAUAGUAAUUACAACUAGAGAUGAACGUUUACUCACACGACUUGAAGUGGAAAAAAAAUAUCACGCAAAAGGACUGAACAAUGAGGAGUCUCUUCAACUUUUCAGUUGGCAUGCCUUUAAGAGGCCCCAUCCAAUGAAAGAAUAUGUUGAGCUGUCUAAAGUUGUUGUUGAUUAUGUUGAUGGAGUUCCAUUGGCUCUUGAAGUCCUAGGCUCUAAGUUGUUUAAAAGAAGCAUCACUCACUGGAGAAGUUUUAUAGAGAAAUUGCAAAAACAUCUUCCACAUCAAAUUCAGAGGCAACUUAUAACUAGUUUGGAUGAUUUGGAUGGUGAAGUGAAGGGUAUGUUCCUUGAUAUUGCGUGUUUCUUUAAUGGUAUGGAUAAAGAUUACGUGGGAAAAAUUCUCGAUGGUCGAGGUUUUUAUCCAGAAAUGGGUUUUGAUAUUCUCGGGGAAAGAUCCCUUUUAACAGUCAACAGUGAGAAUGAGUUACAGAUGAAUAAUCUCUUACGAGACAUGGGAAGGGAGAUCAUUCAUCAAAUGGCUCCAAACCAUCCCGGAAAGCGUAGCAGACUUUGGCAUCCCGAAGAUAUAAUGGACGUACUCGAUAAAUAUUGUUCGGGCACAGAAGUAGUGGAGGGUAUCGUGCUAGACGCUCAAGCAUCAAAAGAUGUAUUUCCAAGCACAUCAUUUGCGCCGAUGACAUCUUUGCAGUUGCUCAAAUUAACUGGAGGACGAGUCGGCGGACACUACGAACAUAUUUCCAAGGCAUUGAUAUGGCUUUGCUGGCAUAAAUUCUCUUUAAAAACCUUACCACACAAAUUUCGAUUAGACAGCCUAGUUGUUCUUGACAUGCAGCACAGCAACAUCAGAGAACUCUGGAAGGAGACCGAGUGUCUAAACAAUCUGAAAGUCAUCGAUCUCAGCAAUUCUAGGUUCUAUGCUAAAACACCAAACUUCUCUGGACUCCCUAGUUUGGAGAGACUAAUUCUAGAAAAUUGCACAAGUUUAGCUGAUAUUCACCAAUCUGUUGGAGAAUUGAAAAAACUUGUUUUCUUGAAUUUAAAGGGAUGUUACGAGCUAAAGAAGCUUCCAGAGAGCAUUUCUGAGUUGAAAUCUCUUGAAACUAUGAACCUGGAGCGUUGCUACCGUCUUGAGAAAUUGCCAGAGCAAUUAGGUAAUAUGCAAGUCUUAACUGAUCUUCUAUUAGAUGGAACCUACGUUCAGCAACUACCCUCUUCCACUGGAAUUUUGAAGAAGCUCAAAAAGUUAUUGGUGCGUCGUGUACGCCUUCCGAUACGCACGGCACCCCCGUUACCCCCUUCCUUGGAAGAGCUUGUCAUCAAGGAAGAGCGACAACCUUUCCUGCCACCCUCCUUCUCUGGUUUAAGCUCAUUGACAACACUUGAUAUUAGUAAUCGCUAUUUAUCUAACAAUGAUAUUUCCAUCAAUCUUGGGAGUUUAUCCUCUCUCCAGGAUCUGAAUUUGGCAGGAAAUGAUUUCUCCGAGUUGCCUGCCGGCAUUGGCCACCUUGCAAAGCUAGAGAAACUGGACCUGUCACGGUGUCCAAAUCUUCUAUUUAUCUCAGAGACCCCCUCGAGUUUUAAGAGCUUUGGUGGCACGUGAUUGCGGAUCAUUGGAAAAGGUGUCAAUUCAGUCAAAAACAGCGCCGGAUCUGUUACUGGGUGGCUGUGGAAAACUAGCUGAGAUUCAAGGCUUGGAGAGUGUAGAAAACAAACCAGUCAUUCGCAUGGAAAACUGUCACAAUUUGUCAAACAAUUUUAAGGGGAUUCUUGUUCAGGUUUUGUCCAAGGGAAAGCUUCCUGACAUUGCUCUCCCGGGUAGCGAUGUACCGCCUUGGUUUAUCCAAUAUCAAAGCGAUAGAUCUUCCUCAACAUUUCGUAUACCAUCCAUUUCAGGUGGUUUGAUUCCAGGACUAAUUUUUUGGACUGUC